UUGGUAUUAAUCUCGUUGCGUGAGACGUGUAGCCCUUCUGUGAAGACACUUAACGUAUUUAUCAUUUGACAGACCCUUUCCCCGUGUAAUGCAGCAAAAAAAUGAGACGUAGCAGGGCUGAGUACUCUGCCUCGUGUCACAGAAUAUUUGCAUAAUAAUCCGCGUGCUCAGGGGCAGUGUGUUUCCAAGCAGUCUCUAGGAAAUGAGAAAUGCCAGAUACGUAUGAGGCGAUGGUGCCGUAACCCAGUUUGAAGUUCCUUCCUGAGCCUCACGCCUAGACGUACUUCAUCUGGAAGAUCGCUAGGGAGAAGGGAAACCGCUACUUAAAGACACACGCUCAGAAAGGACAAGGGCUUCAGACAGCAGUAGUUGGCGAUUGUUCUGUUAACAGUUAAGCACGUCUUCAGCCUUGGAAUCCUACCCCAGUCACCAGGCGCCUGUGACUAUGAAGUGACUGAAUCAAACUCAGGCAGCCAAAACGCUUUUCCUAAUUAAAAACCUUGUAACUUUUUGUUAGCUUAGAAGAGCAAAACUUCUAAAGGUUUUGAGCGAUGGGAUUAGAGACAUGUGGGACCUGUCUGAAUUGUCUGCUGGUCCCUCUCGCGCUUUGGAGCAUUGUUGUUAACAUCCUCCUAUACUUCCCCAACGGGAAGACUUCAUAUGCUGCCAGUUACCAGCUUCCUCACUACGUGUGGUAUUUUGAAGGGAUCUGUUUCUCAGGUGUGAUGAGUUUUAUUUCAAUUGUGCUAGCCCUGCUUGGAAUUGCUUUCUCCGGGUACAAUUGCAUCAUUUCUGCCUUGGGGUUGAUCCAAGGCCCCUUCUGCAAUUCAUCAACGGGAUGGGAUUAUAUCUUCAAAGACACUGCUGGAGGGUACCUCACAGACUACUCCGCCUGGUCCCGGUGCACGGAACCUGCGAACAUAGUGGAAUGGAGCAUCAUUUUGCUCUCUAUCCUGAUAGCACUUGGUGGACUUCAGAUGAUCAUCUGCUUCCUCAAAGUGGCUGCUGAGUUGAAACGGACGCUCUGUGGGACCUAUUCUGUCUUUGUUCAGCCUGGGAUUAUCUGAAAUGGCGAGGAAGUCUGCACUGCUCCAAAAAACGGGGAGAGAGAGAGAGAGAAGUGGCUUCUCCAGCAUUUCUUAUGGCAGAUUUGGGUGCUGCGAAGACAAAUGAAACGCUUGUCUUAAAUUUUUCUCCCUCAAACCUCUCUACGUUGGAUUGAGUUAUUUGAAUGGUUUAAUGGCUAAGUGCGGAACAUCUGCGUUUUCCUAAAGAGGCACUGUUUUCUAACUUGUCUGGUUGUCCCUGGCAGUGACUCUCCAUUUCUUCUUUUGACUCUCCAGCUUGUUCUGACCGUAGGGGUAUUUGAACACCGUGGGACUGCUUUCAUACUGAAACUUCCUUUUCUGAGUAAACUGCUGUGUUUAAGCAUGCUUUCACAGUCCUCUUCUUUCCCCUCCUUUUUUUAUACUGUAGGAAUACUUCUUGUUCUGAAAGGGCCUGAUUCAAAGCCUAGUGUGGCAGGAGUUGUUCUCCUGAGAAUGAGGCCUGAAUCAGGCCUUGACACUUCUAAAUGACUAAUUUUAAUUACAGACAGAACCAUUAUGAUCAUGAAAGUCAAUAGUCUGACCCGUUCUAUACUAGAAGCUUUUUAAGUGCACAGAGCAAUUACUGAAAAAAGACUAUUGCGUCUUCCUGAGGCACAGCUUUUAGGAGGACACCAAGGCCUGAUUUAAGGUUAGAUACAUAGCUCUGAAGGCAGCUGUGCUAAUUAGUAUGCCUUGAUAGCUGCACUGGGUUUCUUCUUCUUUUGAUAUUCAAAGGCAGACUUUUUUUUUUUAAGCAAAUAUUACAAGAAUUAUUAGGGAACCCUGUGAGAACCAAACAUUCGCUGGUAAAUGCUCUGACUAUGCUGCAUUGGAGGGGUAACAUUCUUGCCGAUAAUAAUCAGAAGAAAAAGAAUCAUCUUUUAAAAACUAGCAGCUAAAAAGACUUGUUAAUUCAUCCUGUCCUCAAAGAAUUAUUGUUUCAUUUCCAGUGGAAAUUCAGGGAUUCGCAAUAAAGUGGAUGUAUGGCCCAUCUGCAGCUGCAUAGGCGACAUUUGGCUGUGUUCAGCAGUCUGUGCUCUAGUUUCAAAAGAAAAACCCCCAGAGCAAGGCCAGAUCUUUACUUCAGACUUGCAAUAAUGCAUGUAUUCCUGUUGUAGCAGAAGCAGUGGGAUUCAGCUGUAUGAGGGUUUGCUAUUUAACACUAUCAGAAGUGCAAGCCAUACCAUAACUAGCAGCUGUGGAUAAGAUACUUAGAAAAAAAAUGGAAGAUUUCAGUAAUUUGAUUCUGUUUCAAGGCAAUGUUGUGAUUUUUUUUCUUGAUAUUUGUCUAUCAGAUAUUUUGAAAAGCUGAUUUCUUCCUGCAGGGUUUGAAUAAUGUAUCUGAAAUUCUACUUGCUUAGUUUCUGUUAAGUUUGAAGGAAUAAUAAAGAAAUGAGACAGUUCAUAUAAGAAUAGAAGAGAACAGGUGAGUAGGUUAUCAGUAAUGAUUCGUGGGUCUUCAUAAAGAGCAGAUCCGCUUCUCUACCCACAAAGACUUGUCAUUCUUUAGGGAAUCUCAGUACUGAUAGUUAAGGAGGGGUCUGGUCUUCUGGAUGACAGUUCAAGGUGGCAUAGAUGUUCAGUGGUGCGUGAUAAGAAGGUAUAUGAUUACAAAAUGGGGUUUCUUUGCAACUGCACACUUGGUUUUCCAUAGCCUUACAUGUGUGUCAUAUCGUAGAUAAUAAUCCCGCAUUCAUAUGGAUUUAUGGAUAUUGUUCUGAGAAGAAAAGGGAAAACAAAAAAUUUAUCAACCUUCCACAUAGCUUGCAGAAUCUGGCAGGCUUCAUGCCUGCAAACCAUGUAACUGCUUAUUUUGACAAUGUUAGAAAUGUCUGAAAAGGUUUGGGUUAUUUGAAAAAAUAGUAUGUGCAGGAUACACAUUCAGAGCAGAAAAACCCCGGAAUUGCAAAAUAUUCCUUAGGUGAAUGGCUCCAUUUUAUUGAGGAAAGAGAACAAACAAGGUAUUCUUUUCAGGCUCCAGCCCAGUCAUGGGGAAAAUACAGACUUAUCUUUAGGCAAACAGGGUCUAUUGAGGUGGAUCUGCUGGAUAAAACCAAAGAAAUACCUACAGUUUGCACCUGGAAACUCUUAACCCCUUCUCUUGCUCCCAUGUCUGUCCACUCCUCUACUUCCCAAAACGUUUGUCUCUGACUAUGAAAAGUUUUGAGUUUGGCUGUCGGGAAACAGCAGGAAAGGUUUCACAUUUUUUUCCACAGUAAUAACUGCUAGUGCUGGGAUUAGCGACGGAGAUAGCUUGACUGUCUUUGCUUCAUGUUUUAUUGCGAUUGUGCCCUGUGGCUCUACCUCUAGCUUGUAUCACCUACGUUUGUGGCUUAAAUCAAAGACUAUGCUGUGUAAUUUAGUUCUUUUAAAAAGUAUUGAUUCUGCAAUACUCUCUAUUUGUAA